AGAUUUUUUAUUAAUAAAGAUACGACGGUUUGUUUUUGGUCCACUUCCUCGUGGUCAAAUUAAAAAACCGUUUUCGUUUAUAAAAACAAUCCCGGGGCUGAUAAUUUAAACCCUAACCCGAACCCCAAUUCACCGAAAACUCCAAGAGGACGUUCUGCUACUACUUUGCAAUUUGCAAGUUUAAGAAAAGGGAAAUCAGAUGGAUUUGGAUGAUCUUAUCGUGCAUUUGGAGAAAGAGAAACAAGAGACUCUGGAGCAGCACGCCAAACGGCCUUGUGUCAGAGGCAAUACCUCCUCCGAAGAAGAAGAUGAAGAGAAAGUUGUUGAGGAUACGGCUGCCUCUGACGAAGAAGAAGAGGAGGAAGAGACAGAAGAUGAUACUGAUUCCGAUUCUGAUUCCGAAUAUGUGCCGUUUACGCCUAGACGUUUAAUGACUGAUGAAGAAAUUCGUGAACAUCGGAGGCAGGUUGCUGAAAGCAACGGAUUCGAUGUUGACUGGUUUGAAGGCAUUCUACCUGGUUCAAUUAAGCCCUAUACGUUGACCGAAGCAAACCGCCCUCCAUUGAUAGAUUUUUCCAAGCAAGCUUUGAAAGUCUACAAUGAGAGCAAUAAUACAACUUUUAUAUUUGAUAAGCUUAUCAAAUCAAAUGCUCAAUGUGUUGCUGGCACAAUGUUCUACAUUACUUUUGGGGCGCAAUCUGGCAAUAUACAUGGAACCUUUCGUGCUAGGGUAUGGGAAAAGAUAAUGGACGAAGGUUCGCAGGUUAUGUCUUGUGAGAAGUAUAUUGAGGAGCUUGUGUGAGUUUGUCAGGUGUUGGAGUUGGCUGGGAAUUCUUUCAGUUCAUUUGAGUUAGCGCCAAGUUUUUCACCAUGCUUCCAAUUAUGUUCACUUCUUUUUUUCUGCUUCUCUCUUUGCAAAUUAGGUUUGCUUUCAUAGCUACAAUAUUUGGGGAAUUCUUGGAAGCUUUGUUUUGGCUACAGCUGCCUCAAGCGCUUAAACAUUUGAUGGUUUUUGUGUGCAAUAGCUAUUUCAAUGGUUUUAUCUUGUAACGUUGUAAACAAUGGUUUGGCUGCUUGAUGGAUUUUGUGUGCAAUAGCUAAAAAACUUGUUUUACUACUUCAACUUAUAAAAAAUAAUUUAACUUCAACCUGAAGGCUGCUCAAUGUGAUCACUGAUCAGUUUGAAAUUUACAUAUAUGCUGCUGUUUAGUAUUUUGUAAUCUAUACAUUAUUUGAUUAGCUGAGUAGUUGUAGGGUCAAGUCUUCUUCUGUUUCCUUUUUUAGCUAAAUUGUGUCUCCCAUUUAAAUAUGGUAAUUACCAAAUUAUCCAAUAUUAAUUAUGUAAUCCACUCUUGAGUGGCCAAACAAUGGUAGAAUUUAAUUGAAGAUUCAACUGAUGAAGGAUAGGAUCAGGCAGGGUAGGUAUUGGUACAAAUCAGAAUGUUCCGUGCCUGCAUUUGUUUUUGGCUCUUCCUUAGAUUGCACAUGCAUAAAUAGAUACUCUUUUGAUUUAAGCCAUUAGUAAUUGUAAUUAUUUAAUUUAAAACAUUAAUUUGCGGGCAUGUGAUUCAUCUACUACUAAAUAAUAUGUAUGGACAGAUUGGGGCGAGAAGCAAGCCAUGUAUGUUAAUGGAAAUUAACCUGAAAGUGGUUCAUAAAGCUAAACUACACAUUGCACGUGUGCCUCCACAACUUUGAUGAACUAUACACAUUACAGACAUGCACUGCAUAACUUUGUAUUUAUGUUCAUUAUAUAUUAUAUGUGUGUUUGUGCCUUAUUGAUUUAGUUUAAGGGGGGAAGUCCAUUUGAAUUAAGUGUAAUUAAAAAACCUGGGUACCUCAUCACUGCAUUGUAAUCUCCCCAUUUAUUUAGAGGUCAGUAUUUCUUUAGAUAUAAAAGCACAUGCAUUUCUAUGUUUAAAUUUUCAUAUAGAAAUCAGUGUUUUUGAGUCUUUGCUAGUUGCUACUUAGUAAUAAAUUUCAUUGUUUUUCAUGGUAUCUCCAAGUACUAGUCAUUUCAGUUAAUUGGAUGUCC